GAACGUUAACUUGAACAGUGACCUGAGGAGGAGCGUGUUUCAUUUCAUGAAAGCCAGCAUUCGACAUGGCGUCUUCACCAGGCCUAGGACUGAAACUCGAAUCAGAAACUAAAGCGCUUUUGCAAGAGUCAGAAUCAAACGAUGGCUCGACAACAUCCAAUGUAUUAUCUUUCAUUCUAUGGCCUUUCCGCAUCCUCUUCAGCAUGCUUAGUAUCUUUCGCCCUUUCGCCCCUCAAAUAAUUCCAUUGGUCGUUUGUCUCGUCCUCAUUCCAGUCAUCUUAAUUUUCUCGUUGUAUUCUGGCUACUAUGUGUGGAAAAAUGUUGCUGUUGGAUGGGAAUCUCCCAUUCAUCUACAAUAUGGUGAUGGUGUGCCUCCUUACGCAGAAAUAUUGCUACCUUAUCUGUCAGCUCAGCAGCCUUACGAUAUUUCACUACAUCUUGAGGUCCCUGCCACCGAGUCCAACUUUGCCCUUGGUAAUUUCAUGACAACGUUGACACUUUCAACGCCUACGAACAGGACCUUGACUUCUAUACGACGACCUUAUAUCGCGCUGCCGCCUUCCAGUGGUUACAUUCCCUUUUUCUCUUCCCCCGCCCGCCUCGUUGAUAUGGAUAUUCCUCUUUUGCUCUCAUAUGUUACGGGUGUUUCCCGCGUUAUAGCGAAAAUCGAGCUUGGACGCCGGGACGGUUGGAAGAGUAUCGGUACUGGGGAGGGUCGCGAGCUCAGUGUCGUUUCCGCUUCUUUAAGAGGCAUUGUCCGGCGCCAUGGCAUUCGAGGCCUUGUGACGCGCUUUCCGCUCAUAUCAGCUUUCGUAUCUUUCCUUACAUUCCUUGCGAUAUCUCUUUUGGUCCUCGUAGCUUGCCUUCUACCCGCUAUACAGUGGCGUUUCGAAGGCGACUCUAACGUUACUGAGCCCGGCAAGAUUUACCCAGGUGAAAUGGCACGGAAGAAAGUCGGACGCAGCGAUUCCAGCGAAAGCAAACCCUUCCGCAGUCGAAGGAGGUCCAGAGGAAACGUUUCGGGUAGCCGAAGCCCUACACGCAAAUUGGAACCGAAGACUGAAGACGUCCCUGCUGAAUUCCCCCUUGCUGCUUCUGCCUCCGACCCAAUAAUCAGACGUCGGCGCUCACGAACGUCAGAAGAAUUCUUUGACUCUGAAACAUGAAGUCCAUUGAAAAGAAGUGUAUGCUAGGCUUACUGGACCAUGUUUCGUUCUUGAACUUUGCCCUGAAGAUUAUGAUUGUGAACCCCCACAUGUAUUAUUGAUAAACCAUUCAUCCGUAAUGUACACGCAUAAUGAAACAUUUGAAAGCUCGUUAUAGCUACA